CUAUCAUCAUCAGCCUCGACUUUCCUCUUCCAUUGGGUCAUACUCUCUUCUCUUCUUUUCGACAGAGCCUGGAGCUUCAAAUUAUUAAUUCGCAAUAUCAUCGCUUCUUCCGUUCCAUCUUUCCUCACCUCCACCCAAAAUCUAUAUACCACCUCGCAAAUAUGCUGUUCUCCAAGCAAAUCACUGUUGUCGCCGGUCUGGCAACCUAUGUCUCUGCUCACGGCAUGGUCGUAUCGAUGAAUGGUGCCAAUGGCGUCACAAUGCCUGGUCUCACAGUUGCCGAUGGCACUCCUCGUGAUUGCUCUUCCAACGGAUGCGGUUCGCAGGCCGACACAGCAAUUAUCAGAGACAGCGAAAUCUCCUCGGGCAAAGCAGGACCCCUUGGCCGAACUCAAGGCAAUGGUCCUGUUGACGCUGCUGUUAUGAUUGCUUCCUUCAUGGGAUCUGGUGCUGGUGCCGCUCCUCCCACCAACAACGGAGCUUCCGGUUCCGUGGGUGUUGAGGACAACAUUCAGAAUGCUGGAGGUGCGGGUGCCAAGCGACAGCUCCUCGGUGGUCUCCUCGGUGGGCUAGGAGGCGGUAAUGCUGCCGGAGGAGGCGGUGCUACUGGUAUUGGUGGCCUCCUCGGUGGUGGAGGAACCAAAGCUGAGGGUGCCCCCGAAACUCGUGUUGCGGCUUCUGCUGGUGAGGGUGCGAGCGCAGGCUUGCCGACCGCUGGCGACGACGGUUCGAUCAGCAUGACCUUCCGUCAAAUCAACCAGGAUGGCGCCGGUCCCUUCGAGGCUUCCGUUGACGGCACAUCUGGCGGAACUGACGCGAGUGCUUUCCAAGAUGCCACAGUCACCAAAGAUGUCCCGGGUCUUGGUGUCCAAGGUAUCUCUCUCGCUACAUCGACCGAGUUCGAGAUGGUUGUCCAGAUGCCCGCCGGUAUGACUUGCGAUGCUACAGUCGGCGGUGCUACCAACGUCUGCGUGGCUCGUGUGCGCAACGGUGCCGCUGCUGGUCCAUUCGGUGGCUCCGUCGCUUUCACUCAGAGCAACGCUUCCAGGAAGCGCGCCAUUGCUUACAGGCUCAAGAAGAGAAUGGAAAUUGGAAACUUCCACAACUAA